AUGGCAUCUGUGGUGGAGUUAAUGCGAAUUUCGAGAGAAUGCACAGAUCAAGCUCAUAGAUUGGGUUCUACUGUUAACGAUGAUAAAAGUUUAGAGCAGUAUUAUACAUUGAUCAGAACUUCAAUUCAAGCCCUAACAGAUAUUAAGAUGAACUACAGUUUAACUAUUGUUCAGGAUGUCUAUGUCACAUUUUCUUUGACGAAAUUAUUACUCGAUGAAACUACUGAUUGUGAGAUUACAGAGACUUACCUUUCAUCUCUCAGACAAAGGCUUCAAAACUAUAAGAAUGGUUCUGAUUACAUAUAUAUGCAAUACUGGCUACAAGUAGAAUUCAUUGCACUGUACGACGUUACUGUAAAAAGAAACUCGCAGUUUCAAUAUCGUGUGGCAUUAAAUAAUUGUACUGGUUUAAUAUCAUAUUUGAAAAGUUUGUUUAACGAAGAUAAUUAUGCUCUUAGAGAAUGGUGUCAAUUAUUCCAAUUAGUAGAAGUGUGGUUAUGUGAUGCUUUGAAUAGAACAAAGAAAGUUAAUGAAUUAUACCCUAACCUCCUAGUAGAAUCUAAACAGAUCAAUGAAAAAUGGCACAUAUUAAUUGUUAUAUACCACAUUAAUUGGCUAUUAGAGCAACAUCAACAGAUACCUAAGGAAUAUAUGGAUGAAUUAAAUAAUGUAACUGUGGAGACGCUAGGUCCAGAACUCUACGUUAUGAAAUUAAUGCUUUUGCUGACUGAUAAGAUCCUAAAGGAUGAAAAUAUUACGGAUACAUUGACUCAAUUUAAAACUUUCUUUGAGCAAUACAAGGAUCAAUUAAAUGAACAAUCAGUGAUAACUAUCUCAUUUAGUCAAGAUGUGAAUGUUGUUUUCAAACAUUCAACAUUGUUCCAAUAUAAGAAUCUCAAGACUUUAUUAUUGUUUUUUCAAGCCGUAAGUUACCUAGUGAAUUGUUAUGAUGAAACAGCUAAUUUCAGUAUUAAGUUUCUACCACGAGUUAAGAAAAACCUUGUCAAAGAAUUACAUCAUAGAGAAGAGGUGGAUUCAAAUUUAAUUGCUGUUUCAUUAAAUGAUAGAAACUAUAGAAUGAAAUGGUUCUCUCAACUCCUUGAUCUAACCGAAUUUUAUAGAAUUUGGGAGAGGCUUAUAUUAAAAUCACAUAUAAGUACAAAGGAUCUCAAAGAUGGGGGUGGAUAUAACGAUUUACUAAACGUAAUGCAUAAUCAAGAAGAAUCACAAUCUGAAGAUAUAGCUAGCCAAUACUACAAUUUAUCUCGGGAAACAGUGAGCGAUGAAGUAGCUCUUAUCUCGUUAUUGAAUUGUUAUAUCCUUCUAGUUUCCAAAAUUAAUGAGUGUGAAGACAAUACAAAGCAGACUUUAAUGGUACGUUGUGAAACAGUAUGGCAUGACAUCGAAGUUUUACAAGAUAAAAGUAACAUUGCAAAAAACAAUACUAUGUGGGAUUGCACUAUAGUUAUCAUAUGGCUAACAUCUCAUUUGGAACCUUUCACCGCAACCCCCUUACCUACUAAUGAUGAAACACGUAGUAAAUAUCUCGCACAAUUACAAAGAUAUUAUAGCAGUAACCGCCUAACAUCAGUAUCACACGACAAUCAUAAUGAAAUAGAAAAACAAUAUAAGUUAAAGAAGAGUGUAUUUUUACAAGUAAUGGUAAAUUACCUUGGUGGUCGUUUAUUAGAGACAGAUCUAAAAAAGAUAAAUGAAAUUUCAAAUAUAUGCUUACAAAUUACAAAAGGGCAACGUAUGCCUUAUAUACGUUAUGUGAUUGGGUUAUGGCACCUAAUGAAUUGCACAAUCUCCAUGAACAAUAAAGAAGUUCUUAUCACAAAAGCUAAAAUUGAGUCAAUCCUAAAGGAAAUGUAA